UACUUCAUUCUCGCGAGAUUUCGUUCAGGAAGUGAACAGCGAACACGUGGUUUGGAUGCUGGUGUUACACAACACUCAUGGCGGGACGACUGAAGAAACAAGCGAAAGAUGCCUUAAAGAUCAUAGGAUGUGGAAGUGCCCUGUUCCUGGGAUACCUCACAGCCUCCGGAGACGAUCGUUUCUAUGCCAGUGCCCUCAUGCCUGUGCUGCAGAGGUUUGUAGGAGCAGAGACGGCUCAUGCCAUGGCUGUUCGGGUGAUUGGUCUUGGACUUGUGCCUUACAACAACUACAAGGACCCAGCCUCACUGGAAGUGCAUGUGAUGGGUCAAAAGUUCCAGAACCCAGUUGGGUUAGCAGCAGGCUUUGACAAGCAUUGUGAGGCAGUGGAUGGCCUCUAUAGACUGGGCUUUGGUUUCGUGGAGGUGGGAACUGUGACCCCAAAGGCGCAGGAUGGCAACCCAAAGCCACGUGUAUUUAGACUGGAGUCAGACCAAGCCGUCAUUAACAGAUAUGGGUUCAAUAGUUGUGGCCUUUCUGCAGUGCAAGAAAGGUUGAAAGCCAGAAAGAAUAUCCAAUCAGAACUAACAAAAGCAGGUAAACCUCUUGGCAUCAAUCUGGGGAAGAACAAGCUUUCUACAGAUGCGGUGUCAGAUUAUGUGGAGGGAGUGCGGACACUGGGCCCUCUCGCUGACUACCUAGUAGUUAAUGUUAGCAGCCCCAACACUCCUGGCCUUAGAGACCUACAGGGCAAGAAAGAACUGCGCCACCUUCUGGACAAGGUGCUUAAAGAGCGGGAUUCCUUGCGGAGUGAGAACCGACUGCCGGUGCUGGUGAAGAUUGCUCCAGAUCUUUCUACACAGGACAAGCAAGACAUUGCUGAGGUCAUCAUGGAGGUCGGUGUUGACGGAUUAAUGGUUUCCAACACCACUGUUUCCAGGCCAGACACUCUAAAAGACCCAAAUAAACAUGAAAUAGGGGGCCUCAGUGGUCAACCUCUGAAAGAGCUGUCCACUCAAACAGUGCGAGAGAUGUACACAUUGACACAAGGGAAGUUACCCAUUGUUGGAGUUGGUGGAGUGGCCAGCGGACAGGAUGCCCUAGAUAAGAUUCGUGCAGGAGCCUCUCUGGUGCAGCUCUACACGGCUCUAGUAUACCAGGGUCCGCCUGUAGUCAAAAAGAUCAAGAGAGAACUGGAUGAUCUACUAAAAGCGCAAGGUUUUACAUGUGUAGCAGAGGCAGUAGGUGCUGAUCAUAGAGCAACAGAGAAAGCUGCAAAACCACAGACCUAAAAGGAAGGCUCACACACCAGAUGUGAUGUGUUGUCAGAGAGUUUGGCUGCUCAUAAUGCUUAACAUUCUGCAUUUACUGUUGCACAUUGGUCUCAUUCCACAUUUUCUUUUAAGCAUCGUUUUGGAGACAUUUAUGCUAUGGUGACAUGACUCAUGCCUUGUUGGUGUUGUAAAUGAAUUCUUGGUAAUGUAAAAAUGCAAAUAUGAGUGGCUAACAUAUCUGAUAUUUUAUGCCUGAGUUCAAGAAAUAUAUGAAUUUGAAUAAAUGUUGUGCACUGCUUAAGAUUUGCAUAUAAAAUGUAAACUAAUCACAGUGGUAAUGCAUUUGAUUUCAUUACAUUUCAGAAAUUGAUGACCAUGAUUUCCAUAGGAUGAGUUUUAUACUGUUUGUGUCUCUAGACCGUGGCUAAAUCCAUGACAUAAAAUCCCAACCUCACUCAAUUUCUGUGACAUACCAUUAGAUUUAACUAACUUCUCAUAAUCUUUUUGACUUUAAAUUUAAAAACGUUUUGAUAUUUAUAAACCUACAGUAGAUAUCAGAGUAAGACAAUUACCAUAGUAAGCAUUGCCAUCAAAAAGAAAACAAUUACUGGUGCUCUUAUAAUUCCAAUUAAAGCAAAUGUUGUUCUGAAAACGUUGUACGUGCCACACCUGUCAGGCAGACCAAGCUAAAUCCUAUACUCUGUCUUAGCCCAUUGAAAAAGGCAUUACAAUUUGCUUUAAGCAAAGCGAUACCAGUACACCCUGGGAGGGCAAGUGACUUU